ACAGCACUUCCAUUGCCAACAUAACUUUAAAAUACUUAUUUUAAGUAGCAUUUACAGUGUAUUCUCAAAAGUAGAAUGCUUACAGCUAAAUUUGUUUUCGUUUUGCCCUAGUGCAUAGAAUUUGAAUAAAUAAAAGGCUUUUCAAUGGCGAACUUGAAAACAACUCCAUUAUGGCUGCUUUUAUUGCUUCAAGUGAUUAUUGUUCGUGGCGAACGUACGCGGGAUACAAUGUAUCAACCAAUUUUGGGCGCCAGUUGCUUUCGCCGAUUAAACGGCACACAUCAGACUGGAUGCUCAUCGACUCAUUCCGGAUCUGUCGGCGUUUUGCACUUGAUCAAUUACGAUGCUGACCUAGACUUUUUGCUUGGGAAUCCCCCUUCACCGCCAUACGCGCCGAUGAUCCCGCCACAUCUAUUCACUAGGAGCAACUUGUUGCGUCUAAAAGAGGCCGGACCAAAAAUUAUUUCAGCUGUACUGCUGAUAAACAAAUCGGAGAAGAUGCAGCAGUUCUCACAUGAGCUUUCUUGCCCAAAUAAGUACAGUGGAAUAGGAAGGGGCGGCAAUAGCAGCGAGACCUGUGAUGAAAGCAAUACUGCUCUCACUUGGAAUCCUUGGGGUACAGGACUACUGCACGAGGACUUUCCGUUCCCCAUCUACUAUAUAGCCGACUUCGAUGAAAUACUCAAGUUAGAGAACUGCUUUACCAAGUUCAAUAGUGUUAACUUCGACUCGCAAGCAUUGCGCAGCUUAUGCGCUGUCGAAGUGAAGGCAUUCAUGUCGGCAGCUGUUAACUCGGAAGUUUGCAUGCGUCGUACCAAUUUCAUCAACAAUCUGGGGGGUAGUAAAUACUGUGAUCCUUUGGAAGGUCGAAAUGUUUAUGCUACAUUGUAUCCCCGAAAUUCGUCUGAAUUUAUUGACGAAACUAAAUUGCGUAAGUCGAAUCCCGCCGAGAAGUUCAUAAUUAUUUCAUGUCGCUUAGACACCACAAGCAUGUUUGAUGGAGUGGGUGUGGGAGCCAUGGAUUCGCUCACAGGCCUGGCGACGUUGACAAUCGUGGCGCAUAUGUUGCGACAGCUGCUGCCGGAUCAGAACACUUUACCAGAUCCCCAUCGAAAUGUUCUUUUUGUGGCAUUCAAUGGUGAAUCCUAUGAUUUCAUUGGAUCUCAGAGAUUUGUCUACGAUAUGGAGAAUCUGAAUUUCCCCCGCCGUUCGGCACAAAGCACCCCAAUUUCAUUUGAGAAUAUCGAGUUUAUGCUAGACAUUGGCACUUUAGACGACAUUCGCAACAUUAGGCUGCACACACUUCACAAAUCUUCGACGGUGGCCCAAAAAUUACUACAGCAGCUUAAUCGUUAUGCAAAGUCUUCUCUCUAUGAUUUUCAAUUGAACAUCGGAUCUAAUGCUGGCUAUAACAUGCCACCAACGUCAGCACAGUCAUUUCUUCGUCGAGAUGACAAUUUCCCGGCUUUUAUAUUAAAUGCAUUACCUAGCAAUAAGUACUAUCACUCGAUAUAUGAUGAUCGAGAUAAUGUUGGGUUUAUGUAUGCGAAUACCAGCCAAGAUUAUACAGCUUUGACUGAUGUCAGCGACUUUAAGAACUUCAAUGCUAAUUCUCUUCAAAUGAAAAUUCGAAAUGUGUCUUCAAUAGUGGCUAUGGUUCUUUAUGAGACUUUAACUGGUCGACAGUAUGAAUACAAAGAUGUGGCCAAUCCUGUGUUAUCCGAUGAGUUUUUCUACUGUUUCCUUCAGUCUUCCGACUGCCCGUUGUUUAAAGCUUCUUCGAAUCCGGAUAGUCCCCCUGGUCUACCACUGCCCCCCAUGCGGUACAUAAGCGUUUUGGGAGGCUCGCAAGAAUCAUCAGGCUGGACAUAUCGCAUGCUGGGCUAUUUGUUAUCGCAGCCGCAACCACAAGUGCUAAAAGAGAAUUGCACCCAGUUGCCUCUAUUUUAUUAUUCUGGCUUGAAUGGUACUGGGGAAUGCCGUCUCACCACACAGAACUACACUCAUGCUUUAAGUCCGGCAUUUCUUAUAAAUAAUUAUAAUUGGAGCUCAGGCCAAUACUCUACAUGGACUGAAUCAACGUGGUCACAAUUUAGCGCUCGUAUUUUUUUACGACCUUCCAAGAUGCAUGAAAUCACCAUUUUAAGUAUUGGUAUUGUGGUAUUCAUCAUAUCGUUCUGUUUGAUAUAUAUCAUCAGCUCACGGUGGGAAGUACUUUUUGAUGAUGUACCUGCUAGCAAUGCAGCAUUUCCGCCUCCAACGAAUUGUUAGUGCAAAAUUAUUGCUUGCAUGGACGCAAAUAAAAAUUGAAAGAAAACCAGGAUGAAUUAACAGAGAAGACACUAAAAAGAUCUUUUAACGUUUAAAGUUAAAGCGUAGGAUAUAAAUAAUUAUUUUAAUGUAUGUAUUUUUGUAUUUUAAACACAUAAGAAUAGCAUAUUACUUGUAUUAUAACAUCGUCAGUUUUUAAUUGUACUAAU